GAAGUAGCGACGUUAUGAUAUCAGUUACCCUUGAAAUCUUCCCUCCCUACAAUAUUUUCUUCUGGGCGCACCUUUCUCUCUGUUUUUCCGCUCCGUAGAUCAAGAAAAAAAGCUUCUCACCCAACAAAUCACGCCUCUGUUUCACCAUUUUUAAUCCAAUUAAAUUGCAUUAGUCCUCUUCCUCUGCGGUACCUUCCGUGCUUUGUUUACUAUAGAAAAGAUUCAGAAGGAGGAGAAAAUACUGCGGUAAUGGUUACAGCUGACUAUUUUGAUGUACCCGCAUGAGGUACCGAUGUCUCUCUCUAUUUCUCUCUGCGCACCUUUCUGUAAAUCUUGUAAAUAGAAUUAAAUUUUACUGUGGGCAGAUUCGAUGAGUUUUUAGGGAGACGGUGUUUUUAUUGGAAUUUUCCUUGGGAAUCAUUGUUGUCUUUUUUGCUCCUUUUUACACUGUUCUCUUAUACGUUUUUUUCGUAUACUUGGGUGGUUAUUUGGGUCAAUUCUCAUGUUAAUAACUAUUUUGGGGAAAAAGCCAAUAGUUUGUUUUUGUCCAAUUUUAAAAAUUGGGUUUUGUUGGAAUAUCAGGAUUUUGAUGAUAAUUGUCUAAAUUUAGUAUUUUUAGUCUAUUCACUGAAAAAGCCAGAAAUUAUUUGCUGAAUUCUCAUCUGGGUUUCUCUAAAAUCCCUGGAUUUCGGUGGGAUAUAAUCCUGACGGAGUUUCUCCUAAAAAUCCUGAAUUUCUCCUGGGUUAGCUGUAAUUUGGGUGCCGCUCAAAUUGAUCAUUCGUGAUUGAACAUGGUGAAUAAUAGCAAUAACACCACCAAUCAAGAAGACGGGGGUAAGAAUCCAUCAGGGAUUUCUAGAGGUAUUGGUGGUGGAGGGGGAGCUGCCAAAUCAUGGGGUACCACUGGAUCUGGCCAAUCUGUGUCAACUAGUGGCAGCGUGGGUUCCCCAUCAAGCCGGAGUGAGACUGCUGCAGCAACUCCAGCCAGUGACAACACAUUUCUCAGGCUUAACAAUCUCGAUAUCCAAGGCGAUGAUGCUGGAUCACAAGGGGCUACCGGAAACAAGAAGAAAAAGAGGGGUCAACGUGCUGCUGGAGGGGAUAAGAGUGGUAGAGGGCUUCGUCAAUUUAGCAUGAAAGUGUGUGAGAAAGUGGAAAGCAAAGGAAGAACUACAUACAAUGAGGUAGCAGAUGAACUUGUUACUGAAUUUGCAGAUCCUAACAAUAAUAUUGCCUCUCCGGACCAGCAACAAUAUGAUGAAAAAAACAUACGGCGAAGGGUUUACGACGCUCUAAAUGUUCUGAUGGCAAUGGAUAUAAUAUCUAAAGAUAAGAAGGAAAUACAAUGGAAAGGUUUACCUCGGACUAGCUUAAAUGACAUCGAAGAACUAAAGAAUGAGAGUCUUGGAAUUAGAAAUCGGAUUGAGAAGAAAGCAGCAUAUUUGCAAGAACUGGAGGAACAAGUCUUCAAAAACUUGUCCAACGUAAUGAGCAACUAUAUGGCUUGGGAAAUGCUCCUAGUGGUGGUGUGGCUUUACCUUUUAUAUUGGUGCAGACUCGUCCUCAUGCAACAGUGGAGGUGGAAAUAUCAGAAGAUAUGCAGCUGGUGCAUUUCGAUUUUAAUAGCACCCCAUUUGAGUUACACGAUGACAAUUAUGUUCUCAAGGCAAUGAAAUUGUGUGACAACCCUCAAGGUGAUGGCGUGACGCAAAAUAUCCCUCUACAUGGCGGUGAAAGCUCCCACAUGCCCAGCAUGUACCAGCCUCAACCAUCUCAUCCAUCAAGGUCGAACAUUUCAGGUAGGCCUCCGAACUCGCCCCCUGUUCCCGGGAUAUUAAAGGCGCGCGUUAAGCACGAGCAUUAGUUUGCCAGUUUCAGUAAUGUUUCGUUAUUAUAUCUGUAUAUCAAGUAAAAAUAUUAUGUGGAAAGCAGAUGAACGCUUGUAGGAAUUCAUCGCUAUAGAAUUUUGUGUGGUAUAAGGAAUGGAAGAUAGCAGGAUUUUGCUUAUCGCUUCAGGAUCUAUGAACUAUAAAGCAUUAUUUUAGAUUGUAAAUACCUGAUUCCACAUAUCCACUCUGGAUAUUUUAUUAUUAUUUUGUCAAUUUUUUGG